AUGAUAGACGCGGUAAAGGAUUAUUUAGCUCCCAAGCGAUUCGGUGUGGUAGCCUACGUAUGUCUGAUAGUUCAUUUCCUUUGUGGCCUGGCAUUUACAGCUGUAACGUCGGCUUUAAGAGCGGGGGAGUUCGGAAAAUUUUCGUGUACUAUUGGUACAAAGAGCACAGCAGCGUACAAGAGUUAUGUCGAAAAAACAUGUUAUUCAAGAUACGAACAAAUUUAUAACUCUCCUCUACCUUUGUACAGCUUUGUUUCACUGAGUAUUGGCUUCACAGUUCUUGCCAGUGUUAUUUAUUCCCUCGGAGUAAGCAGUCGUGUCGAGGAAAUCGAAAGAAGCUCGGACGGAAGUGAUGAACCAAGAAUCGAUAGCGAAGUAACGUGCCAGAGAUUUUACGUUUUCUAUUUCUAUUUUCUCCAUCUCGUUGAUCGUUCGCUGUUUGGAAUUCUGUUUACCGUUCUGCAACACACAAUAUUUUAUCCCAGUGGAUUUGAUUUCGAAUUCAGUUGCAAUCUACCCACGACAGAUGUAACUUCUCAGAUUGGAAGCAAUAUGAGUGUUGGUGAGUUAAAUAAUACUUCAAUAGCAUGCGAAAAUUCGAGUGCGCCAGAAAAGCAGCUGUGGAGCGUGAUUGUCUCUGUACUAAACACUGUUUUUGCCUUGAUAACCCUUGGGGAAGUCGUUUAUCUCAUUUGGCGACGGUUUCCAAUCCUCAACUGUCGUUCUAAAGUUGACUGGAGCUGUGAUACGGAAUUUAUUACUGUUUAUCUUCUUCGUAAGAGAUAUGUGCGAGUUGAACAUGAACUAUCAAGCAUCGGGAACAACACUGGACUCUGUAUAGAUAUUUACAAACGACAAGUUUUGAACCCUUCUCGCACACGUGACAUAGGUUAUUGGCAAAAACUAGCAGAUUUAAAUUACAUCUAUAUUGACAUUAUUAUUCAUACGGGACGAACUAUGCACAAGUUUUCGAAGGAAAUGGAGAGACAUGAGAUAUUUGGUGUUUUAAACACGAAGGUUCCAGAAUCGUCCAUUCGUCUGAAUGAGAUAAAAGAUCUAUUUUAUCCUAAUCAAGAUACAAAAGGUACCUUCCCUCGCACGAUUCUGGCGAUUGGAAGGCCUGAGAUAGGCAAAACAGUCUUGACCACAGGGGGUCCAACUAAGAGCUGUGUUAUGAAUAUGAAUAAAACAUUAAUUAAACGUAAUAUGAAUAAAACAUCAUAACGUAAUAUUGCACUUACUUGUAUAAAUCAUAAGAGCUUGUAUUUGCAGUGAAUAGCUUUUAACAGGGCGCUUAUACACGCUCAGAAAAUCGCUCAGAAACACUUGAUUCGAACGAUUGUUCAAAUAUGGCGAAUAAAUUAACAAAACGAAAAUAUUACAUGACGUUCCAACGAAAGUAACAGCAAGGAUUGCGGGCGCGCGAGCAAGCGAAAAGGCGAGGGAAGAAAUAAAUAGAAGGGAUGAAACAAAUAUCACGUGACUUUUUAAAAUGCUUCUAGACUACCCGUUUAAGCUUUUUGUGGGGGUUUUAAGGCUCAGUCGAUGUUCUCUUACAUGAACAAGCCCAGUCAUUACCAAAAAAGCACUGAUCAAUCUAAUUUAUGUGAUUUAUAACAGCGAGCAUUCUUGGCCAUUAUCGCGAGAUGUGUUCCAUAAGUAGCCUGUUCUCGUGACGUAUGACGAAAUAAUAAUAAAACUAAAUAAUGUAAAAAAAACCGUUGGUCGCUACAUUUAAACAUUUCAUAUUAACCGGUAUAGCUAAACAUUGUUUAUUUUCAUUAAUUAAGCGCUUACGCGUUGUUGGAGUUGGCAGGAGGCGUUUUGGAAUUUUCCGAGAGAACAGGCUACUUAUGGAACACAUCACACGAUCGCAUUACCGGUGUUUCAUCCCUUCUAUUAAUAUCUAUUACCCUCGUCUUCCGCUCGCGCCCGCAAUCCUUGCUGUUACUUUCGUUGGAACGUCAUGUAAUAUUUUCGUUUUGUCAAUUUAUUCGCCAUAUUUGAACAAUCGUUCGAAUCAAAAUGUUUCUGAGCGAUUUUCUGAGCGUAUAUAAGCGCCCUGUUAAAAGCUAUUCACUGCAAAUACAAGCUAUUAUGAUUUAUACAAGUAAGUGCAAUAAUUUAAAUAUAUUACGUUAUGAUGUUUUAUUCAUAUUACGUUUAAUUAAUGUUUUAUUCAUAUUCAUAACACAGCUCUUAGUUGGACCCCCUGUGUCUUGACCGAAAAAAUUAUUCGCGACUGGGCAAAUGGAAUUGAUGAAUUUUAUUGUGGCAAGAUUGCUUUCGUCUUGAAAUGUCGAUGGUUCAAUUUUGAAGAGUUAAAAAACUUAUCUCUUAAAACAUUUCUACGGUACGGUACGGGGCUCAGCGAAGAAUCAUUUGAAAGUAUUUUUGAAGAGAUUUUAAAGGAACCCCAGAAAGCAAUUCUUAUUUUUGAUGGUUUGGAUGAAUUCAAUGGUGACAUAAGAAACUGCUUAGAACGAUCACGAAUGCUUCCAAACGAUCCCAAUACUUGCAUGUCUGGAAUGACUUUGUUCAUCAAACUGGCUUACGGCAACAUGUUGCAAGGAGCAACGGUUUUAGUAACGUCGAGACCGACUGCAGACGAUUUUUACUCGAAUCUUGAUUUUGAUCGAAGCGUUGAGAUUAUUGGUUUUACUCCAGACAAAAUUGAAGAGUAUGUCAACAGAUUUUGUGACAAUAUUGACAGAGAUGAUCUUAAAAUAAAGAUAUGGAACCACAUAAAAUCCUCGUCGGACUUGUUAAAGUUAUGUUACAUUCCUGUGAACUGUUUCAUAGUUUGCGUUACCCUGUCUGGGUGUCUCAGUGAUACUGGAAAUGACACCGGUGCUCUUCCUACAACACAGUGACGUAAGUUUGGACCAGGCUUCCCCUGGUCCUACCGGGAUUGGGUGCCCCCAAUGAAGUUUGAACAUGAAGUUCUGGCAAUAUGAACAUUUUGCUAGUCGUUUAGAAGCCAAUUUUAAUGGAUAUUUUUAAACUGGAAAUAUAAAUAUAUAGCAAAAUAUAAAAAACACAACUAUAAAAUAGCACUAUGCGAAAAUUGUUUUUGUCAUAAAGAGUGAAAUGUUUGCCACUGUAAUUAUAUGCACAAACAUCCUCAAUUAAUCAUUUUCAUCAAUUAAUCAUCAAUUAAUGACAAAAUCACUUUUAACAUUACAUCUUAAAUUUCUCGCACCUGUUCUUUUUUUCAGCAAACUCAUCAAUCAUUUUGUCAACGGAAAGCUUUCUUGUCUCCUCUGCCUCUAUUGAGAUCAUGGCAAGCGCCAUGAUCUCGCAAGGCAAAUGAAAUGGCAAGCGCCAUUUUUAUUAUAAAAAAAAUAAUAAAAAAGCUGAAAAAUUAAACAUGUGCGUCUCAUUGAAUACUUGCGUGUUACUAAUGUUUACGGAAGUAAUAUUCACUAAAGCAUAAGCAAGAAUAAUAAUAUUUCCAAGACACAUGAAUUUUCACCACUAAAGUGUGCACUACUUCUUGGCUAUGUCAUGUAGUACACACUAUAGUGGAACAAGAAAGAACACGAAGAAAGUGAAGCAGCUAAUUUUCAACGCAGGGGUGUGUCAUUAAUUUUAUGCAAGGGCUUUAUGACCGGUCCCUUACAAUUUCCUUCUAAAUUGGAAAUAUCCUGGAAAGUGGAAGCCAUUCUGAAGAAAUCACAUGAACACAAGAUCGGUUGUUUGUCAGUUCUGUUUGUCGAAACACGUCGUGUACUUCUUCACUGCCAUUGGCUCCGAAGACAUUCCAUUUUUCCAUUGUUUUCAAAUAUAUUAUAUUUAUUGAGAACAUUACAUUAUAUAAUUAAUAUUAUAUAUAAUUAUAUAUAAUUAAUAUUAUGUAUAAUUAAUAUGAACUCAAAUGGCAUAAGCACAAACGAGACGCGAAGUCCCAUGCAAGGUGCAAACCCCGAAGCAGCGAAUACGUACAUAAAUAUAAAUACACACGUACAUAAAAUACAAAUAUAUAAAAGCCGCUUCCCCCUAUUAGUAUGACCAUGAACGCAACCACCUGAAUGCUUCACGGAUGUGUUAGCAAAAUAAUUUCAAACUCACAAGCAUAAUGAAUGCUUCACGGAUGUAUUGCAGGCAUAAUAAUUUCAAACUCACAAGCAUAAUGAAUGCUUCACGGAUGUGUUAGCAUAAUAAUUUCAAACUCACAAGCAUAAUGUGGUUGCAUUCAGUGAACACAAUAAGAGGAACCGUCUAUCAAAACUACUUAAGAUCUGUGGCAGGGGCAGUCCCGCACCAGUGUCCAGUUGCAUGGCAUGUCCACGUCAAAUGUUGCCGUAAGCAAGUUAGCGUAAGUGGCUUUAAGAGAUCUUUUGAAGAUGGAGAGGCUGGCAAAGGUGGUAGAGGGAAGAAUUUUGCAGACGUGGUUCCAUAA